AUGUAUGAGCUUCAUGCUAUCUGUGGUGUGAACAAAAACGUAUCAGGCCCAGUUGGCACUGAUGCUAAGUGCUACCACACUCAUGCCAAUUUCCUGGCAACUCCCAAAGGCGCUCAGUUUCCUACCGGCACAACUCCAUUGCUAUUCUUUGCUGAGGUGUGCAAUGGUGAUGAUGAAGACAGAGCUGGAGCACAACCCUUCGUCUGCCGUGUGUCGGUGCCGUUACCAUGCGCUGAACGGGUACGGUGCCUUUACUGCGAUCACAUGGGGAUCAGGAUCGUGCAUCCGGAUUGGGAAGACUUCCAUGGGCGCAAGUUGGAGUUUGAGAAGAUGGUCCGUGGAGAAGACCCCUGUGACAAAGAUUUUGAUCCUGCAGUGGACCGGCCAUAUUACACCAACAUGAACAUCAUCAACCAUAGCCGCGUGACAACGGAGAGGCUUAAUGGUAGGGUAGAAGAGGAUCGCCUUUAUAAUGAUCCGUUGGAGGAUAGUAGUGAUGGGUAUGGUAGCGACCUGACUUUGAUGAGCGAAGAGUAUGAUAGUGAUUUAGAUUUGGAUUCCAUGACUGAAGAGCGUCACCCCAUGGUAAUAACAUCGUGUUGUAGCGUUUAUUAAAAUGUUUUUGUAGAAUUGAAAGCCGCUGUGCAUAGUAGUGUAGUGACUACGCUACUCAGCCUGAAUUGAAGAUUAUGCUAAGUAAUUUAACAAGUAGUGUUGUGACUACGCCACUCAGCCUAAGUUGAAGAUGGUGCUCAAGUAAAUUAACAAG